GGCAUCAGCCCCCCGCGGCUGCGCUCGGUCCCGCCCGCACCAAAGGCUGCAGGGGGUGCCGGGGAGGCUGUGCCCUGGAGCCGGGCACGGAGCCCACAAACCCAGGGCAUUCCCCACCCGCCCCUUGGGCGCUUCUGCCCGGGCUGCUCCACCCCAGGCAGCGCCCUGUGCCAUACAAGAGCCCGGGGAAGGAGCCUGGCCGGGGGGCGAUCCCAUGGAGGCGGCCGAGGCCACGGCCAAGGCGCUGCGGGCACCCAAGUGCUCCCGCUGCCGCAACCACGGCUUCGUGGUGCCCGUCAAGGGCCACGCCGGGCACUGCCGCUGGAAGCUGUGCCUGUGCGAGAAGUGCUCGCUCAUCUCCGAGCGGCAGAAGAUCAUGGCAGCGCAGAAGGCGCUGAGGCAGCAGGAGACGGAGCCGCCGGGCCGGGCGGGCGCGGAGCCCGUUCCGUCGGGGGAGGGUCCCGGGGCGGCCCGGCAGGACGGAGCGCCCGAGCCCUGCAGCCACGAGAGGAAGAAGGGCACCCAGCCCGACAGCGGCGGCAAGGGCACGGCAGCCUGGGGGCCACCGCCGCCUCCCUUCAGGGACGACGCUCACCCUGCUUUUCCUCCAGAAUACGCCGUCAACCCAGAAUACCUGGAGAGAGAAAUCCCCAAAGUGUACCCUGGGUGUUCUGGGGUGUAUCCUUACCACCCAUUUUCCCUGGGAUUUGCCAUCAAUGAGUCAAGCAGUGGGGAAGCAGCAUCACCUCCAGGGAUAUCACUUCAGAGAGGAUUCCGACACAUUCCUAGCAGCUAUGUGCCAGGGAGUGCAACCACUGUAUCGGUUCCAGAUGGAGCUGGAGAUUUCCCUCAAGGAUACUACACUCCUCUGCAUCAGUUCAUCCCAUCAAGUUUUCUGACAGGGAUUCAUUACAUCCCAGCUCCAGUUUCACUGAACAUCCUGGCUGAAACAACCAAGGAAGUACAUGCUACUGAAACUGACAGUGAGGAUUCAGGAGUGGUUCAUGAACAUGGCCAAACUCUUUCUUCCCCAGAAUAAACAAGAAGAGACCAAUCUGUGUAUUAUACACAAUAAAUGGGCUGGAGAAGAGCUGAGAGCAGGCAGCACUGUUUUCAUUCCUGAGUGUUAGUUAAUGAGGGUAGAGUGACACUUAAUCACUGAGCAGUCACAACAGCCAGAAGGGGAUUAGUGCCCUGCCUCACUUUAUGAUCAAUGUUUGAGCUACCAGGCUCACAGCUCUGCCUCCCAAGCACUACAAAGCCCAUGUUCCAAAAAGGUUUUCCAGUGGAUGCAACAAAUGAUUAUGACUCCCAAUUUGUUCCUCUGCUGAGGUUACCCAGACCAUGGCCUCUGAGCCAUGUGCAUUCUGCAGCAUUUUCAUGUUCAUGACAGUAGUCAGAAAGAUGUUGUUUUUAUCAGUUUGCUGUAUAGGAAAUCUGGUUCUGAAUGUUACAGAAGAGUUAAGUGAUGUGGAGCCUGAAGACUGUGUGAGAGGAUGUGGAGACAGCCUGGGUGCUGAUGCACUUGGCUGCCUAAGAAGGUGACUGAGCAGGGGAAGGGAAGGGCAUGGCAGGAAUGUGUGGAAAGGCCUGGUGCCUCCACAUUGUUCCUGGGUCCUUUAAGGCACCUUCUGUGUAGAAUGGGGAACAAAGUUAUUUGGAAUCACCUCUUAUCACACAGGCUCCACAUCUGACAUUUUGAAUAUCCUUGAUGCUUUAUACAUGAUUUCAGUGUUGUUUAACUCGUGUCAGCUGAAACUGAGCAGUACUGUUUGUUUCUAAAGGGCUGCUGUAGACAGCUUUACACGUGUGUACUGGAAGUGCACUGUGGCAUAGCCAAGGUGUGGAGAGAUUUGCCCAGGACAAAACACCAGUUACACUAAUAAUUAGUCAAAUCCAUCCAUACAUGAUUGUCAACGAUAAUAUGUCAUUAAAAUGAAAGGUAUAUUCCUCUGCUGUUUUGCCUGGAUUAAUUGGUUUUGUAUCAAGUGGAUCAGUUGUUAAUGUUUGAAUAAUUGGGGUGAGACUUGUAUAAUGAAAAAAGAUACAUUAAACUGUUGUUCUGGUUUG